CUUAGACGAUGGAAUCGGGUGUUUUCCAGAUGCAGCGAGGGGUGUUGGUGGCGAUUGAGAUGGGGGUGGUGCAAGAUGUGAGGAUAGCUUCAAUUCGGACCAAGUCGCGACCGAGUUCCCACAGACGGGGUCGGCGCCCCGAUGCGCAGUACGCGAUAUCCGGGCCGCAUCGCGCGACAAACACAAGAAAAACCGCAUGAUACGAUGGGGGAAACCCCGAGCAACAGAACCUGGGAACUGGGCCGAGAUGAAACCGGAAGUGCGAGGGGAGAAGCCGGAUGCGACUGGUGGCAAUGGUGCGGGCGAGAUGAGCGACGAUGGGCAAAAACGUGCAACUCGACGGGCGAAAGGCGCAGAGAGGCGAGGCAAGUUGGGGCCGGGUCGGAGGAAAGUGGAUCGGCGUGUGCAGAGCUCGAAAACGUGGCACUUGCGAAGACCGAGUCAUUCAAUCGUAAUGGAGGGUAAGCAAACGGGAUCGAGAGGGAAAUGGAGAGAAGAGGAAGAGGAGAGGGACGAGGAGACGAGAGGGUGGUUGAGGUGGGCGAUGAGAAUGAGUUUGGUGGGAUGGGCAACGUGUGCCGGCCGCAUCAGAGCAGGAACCAAAACCAAACACUACGUAGGUGGGAAGGAGGGGACCACGGCGACGGCGAUGGGCUCCUGCUCAACUUCCUACACCUCCCCUCAGGUACUACGUAGAUAGGUAGGUAGGUAGGUAGGUACCUCCUACCUCAAAAGUAGGUAGCCAAGGUAGGUGCCGACAGGAUUAAAUUCUGGCCAAUCAGAAAAAUCGGACGAUAGAGAAAGGGCCCGAGAUUAAGAGGGGGGGGGAAACUGCGACCGAGAGAAAUAUAGGUAGACUGGGGGUACAAGUUGCACGUAUCUUUGUUUUGGACGAUGGCAAACAUGGCAGUUGCGAUGGGAAAAUGGGAAAGAGACGAUGACCGGGGGGCGGCGGGACACUGGGAAGGGACGGGGGGAGGAAGAGGAGAAAGGAGAGAGAUCAGUGGGCAGUGGGUACGGAAAGAAAGGAAGGAAGGGCCCAGGAAGCACUGGCAUGGCAUAGCAGUGCGCGUGCCUGCCUGCUCUGACGGGAUGGAUGGAUGGAUGGAUGGAUGGAUGAAUGCACUGAUGGUGGUGAUCUUGGGUUGAUCUUAGUGUAAGAACCUAGGCGGAAGGCG